GCAAUGUUUUGGGUGUGUGUAUCUGGUGGCUGUAAGCUCCGCCCACUGGGUUCUCUUGUCUGGGACGGGAAACGGCGCGGGAAAGCGUCUCCUUUUGAUACUCCUUGUUUUUAACGAAAGAUGAAUUAGCAAGCCCACCGAAUGCCCCUCCCUCUGGUCACGUGGUAUAACUUAGCGAAUCAGACAUUCAGAAUUUCAGAGUUCAGACAGCGUGAGCGACUGCCGACUGAGCCUAACAACAAACAGUGCGAAUCCAGACCCUGUAUGGAGAGUGUGUGAUGUAUCUCGUCUCCUGACCCUUUCUUGCAGUAGCUGAGUAAGGCAGGUUGUUAGUUAGCACUGCUGCUGCUGCUGUACCUGCUACUGUUCCUGCUCCUGCUCCUGCUCCUGCUCCUGCUGGCUGAAGAAUUAGUAUUGUCAUCCCUAUGGUAGCUGCCCAAGCAGAUCCAUCCUGGGUCCUUUGAUGGUGUUUCCUAGCCGCCGCCACCAGUCUCAAGACAACCAUGUGGGGUAGAUACCCAACACCUGAGAACUACAGUGGGAAUUACAGAAGCAACCAAGACUUGUGGUACCUUGCACAGGACAACAGGCAGUAUCAAAAUGGCCAAAAACAACCACUAUGUGCUCCACAAUUCCCACAUGGCCCUCUGCACCAAUGGAAUGGUCCGGGAAGGAUGUGGCAGGGUUUCUGGAGUGGGAAUCGAGGCACUUCGCAGGGGACGUGGUACCCACUGGCACCAAGUCAAAGGGAACCAGCAUCGUGGUACCAUUCAAGGUGGCCAAGGAAGCAGAAUUCACCAAAACAUCCCAAGCAGAGUAGAAAGCCGUCCUGUCAUCCAUCCACGUCAGGACAGCCAUCUGAUCCGCCAAAAAUGACCAAACCUGAUCUGCCUUCCCAUCCAAAUCCAUCCGAGUCAAUGUUCCUUCCACCCACAUCCAUUCCCAAGCAGCCUGACCUUCCAAUGUCAACAUCUAUGUGUAAACAACCAUCCCAGCCAUCCACAAUGAUGUUCCUUCCACCUUCAUCCACCCUCAAACAGCCAGACCUUUCAAUAUCCACACCAUCAUCCACUCAACCUUCCACAUCAUCAGUUACACAACCAUCCAUGACCCAACCAUCCACAUCAGCUCAAAGACAUUCCACAUCAUUCACUCAGCCAUCCACAUCCAGACCAUCCACACUAACAUUCAUUCCACCUUCAUCCACCUUCAAGCAGCUGGACCUUCCAGCAUCCACACCAGCCACUCAGCCAUUCACAUCCCAACCAUCCACAUCAACUCUAAAACAUCCCGCCACACCAUCCACCACUCAUCCCUCCACCUUGGACCCUCCACCACAGCCCACAGACAAUCCUCUCAGCCCACUACCUGUUGAGUUCAAAUCUCCCCAGCCAGUUCCUGCCAGUCUUUCAAAACCAGCACAUUUCAAUUCCCCGAAGAAGCCAGAGAUUUCAAGACUUUCCCACUCACCACAGAAGGAAAACAAGAGGGGUCCCAGCAAUGCCCCGCAGAGCUCCACAGCUUAUGAACAGCAAAAGAGCAUCUCGGGUAUCGUUGCAGCUUCCGAACAGCAAGACAGUGCCUCAAAGCAGCCCCACAACUUGUCAGGGCAGAAAACAGCUUCCAAACAGCAGGUUAGCCCAGUGUUGCUGCAAAAUACUGCUUCUUCACAGCAAAAUGAUCCUUCAAAACAGCCACAGAACUCAAAGUCAGACAAGGAAACAGCCUUGUCACAGCAGAACAGUACAAAACAAGCUCAGGUCUCAGUGUUGCAGCAAAAUACAGCUUCACAGCAAAAUGGUACCUCAGAACUGCAGAACAGUACAAAACAAGCCCAGGAUUCAGUGUUACAGCAAAAUACAGCUUCCUCACAGCAAAACAUUGCUUCAGAACAGAUCCACAGCUCAAAGGCACAGCAGAACACCUCAAAAGAAGUCCAGAAUCCAGUGUCACAGCAAAAUAUUUUUUUGCAGCAAAAUGGUACCUCAAAACUGCCCCACAGCUCAAAGGCACAGCAAAAUACAGCCUCCUCACAGCAGAACAGUACAAAACAAGCCCAGGACCCAGUGUCACAGCAAAAUACAGCCUCCUCACAGCAGAAACAGUACAAAACAAGCCCAGGACCCAGUGUCACAGCAAAAUACAGCCUCCUCACAGCAGAACAGUACAAAACAAGCCCAGGACCCAGUGUCACAGCAAAAUACAGCCUCCUCACAGCAGAACAGUACAAAACAAGCCCAGGACCCAGUGUCACAGCAAAAUACAGCCUCCUCACAGGAAAACAGUGCUUCAAAACUGCCCCACAGCUCAAAGGCACAGCAAAAUACAGCCUCCUCACAGCAGAACAGUACAAAACAAGCCCAGGACCCAGUGUCACAGCAAACUAAAGCCUCCUCACAGGAAAAGCAGUGCUUCAAAACAGGCCCACAGCUCAAACACACAGCAAACUACACCCUCCUCACAGCAGAACAGUACAAAACAAGCCCAGGACCCAGUGUCACAGCAAAAUACGGCUUUACAGCUAAAUGGUACCGCAGAACAGAUCCACAGCUCAAAGGCACAGCAAAAUACAGCUUCAUCACAGCAGAACAGUACAAAACAAGCCCAAGACCCAGUGCCACAGCAAAAUACAGCUUCACAGCAAAACAGUGUGUUGAAACUACCCCAGAGCCCAAAAUCAGAUCAGAAAACAGUCUCAUCACAGCAGAACAUGCCAAUACAACCCUACAGCUCAAAAGCACAGCACAAUGCAGCCUCCACAUUGCAGAACAACUCAAAAUCAGACCAAAAAAAUAGCCUCACAGCAAGACAUUGCCUCAAAACAGCCCCACAGCUCAAAAUCAGAAGAGAAAACCGCCUUAUCACAGCAGAACACGCCAAUACAAUCCCACAGCCCAAAAGCACAGCACAAGGCAGCCUCCUCACAGCAGAACACCACCUCACAUCCCAGUUCAUUGGUGUACGAACUCCUGCAGAAGUCCACAGCCUCUGUGGCACCACAAGACAGAGUAGCGGCACCUCAGACCUCAUCCAGGCCCUCUCGUGGUGACCAGGGGGAGUUAAACAAAGGAAAUCAAGCAGCAGACAGCAGAUAUCUAUAGCAACGAACACCCAUCACAGCCACAGACUCAGCCACCAUUCAUCACUACCCAUACAGGCUCCCUCACCCCGGCACACAGGCCCAGCAAUGCAGCAACUCAGGAAGACAGACUAGUUUCAAGCCCAGACCUGCCAGCCAAUCAUACAAAAGCUAACUUGCUCACCAACACCAAGGCUUCCUCAGAGGUGCAUAGCAGAAAGGUACAGGACGCCAAUGAUGACGUGCUUGUUGUCACUUCGUUCAUCAACGAAACACCUUACAAGAAAUGCAAGCCUGGGCUUGAGGAGUCGCAUGGCACGCACACACCGCUGGAAUGUCGAGGAAGCAAGAAGGCAAGGAUUGAUGUUGGAACAAAACACAAGGAAGAUCAGAGUGUAAAUAAAGAUGUCAGCUCAGGGAAGGAGAAAAUUAAGGAAGAAAAGAUAGACAUUGAAAUUCAACAGAGUACAGACAAGCAGGAUGUGAACCCAAAAAGUGAUGCAGCUGUGAUUUGUGAAGGCAGCAGUGAAGUGCAGCCCAGGAAGAGGCAGCUGAGUUGGGAGAAAGAGAAUCAGAUGCAGCAGUCACCCAAGAAGGGUCUGAAAGCCCUCACAUUGAAGGAACAGAAUCUGAACCCAAAUAGAGACACUGUUGUAAAUUCAGAGCACACUAGUGAAGAUGGACAAAAGGAGAAGAUUGCUUCUGUCAAGUUUAUCUAUAAAUCAGAGGGAAACCCUCCAACACUGCAGACAAAGGAAAAGAAGGUUUAUGAUCCACUGAGGAUGAAAAAACAGGCUAUAAGAGAUAAUUAUGCAGUGUCUCAAGGCACCACUGAAGCUGCAAACGGAGAUAAACAGACGAGAGAUGAGGGAACAAGUGACAGUGCAAGAAAAGACAACUCAGCUCAACAAACAGCUAAAGAGAAGGUUCCAAAUGUCCUUCCAGUGAAAAAAACGAGUGAUAAAGGAAACAAAUAGAGAUUCCCAAGACACCAGUGGAAUUAGAGACGUGGAAAAACAAGCAAGAGAUGAGGGAACCAGCGACAACCCAAGGAAAUACAACUCAGCUCAACAAACAGAGGAGGUCCCAAACACACUUCAUAUUAAAAAGCAAAUAAUAAAACAUUCAUGUAGAGACUCCCGAGAUACUGGUGGAGCUACACACUCAGAAAAACAAGCAAGAGAUGAGGGAACCAGUGACAACCCAAGGAAAUGCAGUUCAAUUCAACAAAACAGCUGUAGAGAAGGUUCCAAAUGCACCUCAUAUUAAAAAGCAAAUGAUAAAAUAUGCAUGUACAGACUCCCAAGAUACUGGUGGAGUUACACACUCAGAAAAACAAGCUAGAGAUAAGGGAGCCGGCCACAGGGUUAAGAAAGAGUUACUGAGCAGAUUGAAGGCUAAAAAAAAUGUUGCGAACUCCAUAAUAAACAAACUAGUGGCUGAUUCGAAUCUCAUGCAUCACGAGAAGGGAAUGCUGAUCCAGCUGACCGUGAACAGCCUCAAGAACUUAUGCCUGGAGACUGAAAAUUCUAAGGAGGAGGAGAAGGAGGGGAUAGUGUUAGAAAGUGAUAAAAAUAAGGACAGCCAUGGGAGAGUUGGAGAAAGAAAGGUAAAUGACAGGGUGACUGGGAAAGGAAAGAAGAGUAAAGAGAUGAAGGUGAACAAAGAGAAGAGGAAGGAGAGUGAGAAAGAAAAGGUGGAGAAGAAGAAAAGGGAGAUGAAUGAAAGAGGUGAAAGGAAUGGACAUGAUAAAGAAAGAGAGCGAAGCAACAAAAACCAAAUAGAGAAGAGGAGAAAGAACAAGUUUAAGGAAAGAGAGGAGGAAAGGGAAGCAAAAAAGAGGAAAAGAGAAGAGAUAGCAGCAGCAGAAGAGCAGAAAAACAAGACCAAAA